UCUGGACAUUUCUUAGAAAUGGAAUCAUGCAGCACGUGGCCUUUUGUGUCUGGCCUCUUUUACUCAGCCUGAUGUCUUCAAGGUUCUUCCACACUGUAGCAUGAAUCAACCUCGUUCCUUUUUAUGACUGAGUAAUAUUCCAUUGUGUGCAUACACCACAUUUUGUUUAUCCAUUCAUCCAUUGAUGCAAAUUUGGGUUGUUUCCACCCUUUGCCUUUUUAAAACUUUAUUUAUAUCCUAGAACAACGUUUGCUUUGAGCAUCUUCAUUUUGAGGUGCAGGAAUCUGUUUCACUUGUCCCAUUCCCCCCAGGGAGCUGUCCCCACAGAUAAAUCCAUCUUCUUGAGGCAGUUAUUCUUGAUUUUGUGGUUUCUUCACAUUGGCCACAAAGUGACAGGAAGAUCCCAUGCGAUGUGCUUUUUCCUGGGCCCAGAAUCAAAUCCUCCUGUGUCCUCUUCUAGACAUGGAGCCGUGGACAAGCUGCUCAGUGUGUCCCUGUCCCUGAAAGGUAGGAUCAACAGGUGUUUCCCCUUGGCUGGGUGGCCACUGAGCACAGCCAGAGCCAAAUUCUUCUGAAAACAGCCAAGGUGACUUUAUGGUUGUGUAGCCACCCUCCUCUGGGGUUCUGGGCCCAAAAGGCACACUGGGCCCAUGCCGUGCCAGAGUGGCUGGAAUCAUGCAGCGUGUGGCCUUUUGUGUCCGGCCUCUUUCACUCAGCCUGAUGGGCCUUGAAAGCCAGCACCUUCUGGAGGUGGCACUCCCUCCCCCGCAGUGAGAAGGUGGCCCAUGGCAUCCCCACCCCUGGGGCUUAAUACUGCCUGGGAGGCUGCAGCUUUCGAGUUCCUCCUUUAGGCCCAACUGGACCUCCAUACUGGCUUCUAAUCCUACCCUGUCUCCUGUGGGGAAGAGAAGAAGGGGUUAUUAAUGAGGGUGGCUUGCUGGGGCACAGGGACCAGUAAGGUGAUGCAGAGAGUCAAAAUGAGCACUCAGUAGGCACAGGUCAUUUUAGAAUGAAAGAUGAUGAAAUAAAUGUUUAAAAAGGAGAUGGUUGGAAGCAACCCAAAGGUUCAUAGGUGGGUGAGCAGAUAAAGGAAUUGUGGUGCACCCACACAAUGGAAUAUUACACAGUCAUAAAAAAGGAAUGAAGCGGAUUCAGGCUACAACAUGGAAGAACCUUGAAGACAUCAGGCUGAGUGACAGAAGCCAGACACAAAAGGGGGAGUGUUCAAUGAUCCUAUUCACAUAAAAUGUGCAAAACAGGCGAUACCAUAGUGACGGGAAGCUGAUUAGUGGCUACCAGGGCUGGGAGGAGGUGGGGAGUGACUGACUAUUAAUGGAUAUGGAUCUCCUUUUGCAGUUCUGAAGUGUUCUGGAACUUGAUAGAGGUGAUGGUUGUACAGCACUGUGAGUACAUUUUAUUAUGCCACUGAAUUUUACACUUUAAAAUGAUGAAUGUUGUAUGAAUCUCACCUCAAUGAAUACAUAGAAAAGAGACAUGGGAGCCUCUGUGUGUCCUGCAUGAAACUCCUCCGCCCAUUUCACAGGUGGCAUAUGAAGGCUGGAGAGGGUCAUCCACUGCCAAGGCCAGUCAGUGGGCAGGUGGCAGACACCAUGGGGACCUAGGUCUUAUUUCCGCUUCUUUGGGGCUGGUUCUGGCAAUUUCGUCUCCUCCUGGGGCAGCUUCAGGGCCCUACAAAGCCUGCCUAGGGUCCCCAGAAGAGACCAGACAACCCCGAGGCCUCUGAGCCACCUGCCCACCUCUGUUUCCCUGCAGCAUGGCCGACAAGAAUGGGGCCCUCAAGUGCACCUUCUCGGCCCCUGGCCAUAGCACCAGCCUCCUGCAGGGCCUCGCCACCCUCCGCGCCCAGGGCCAGCUCCUGGACGUUGUGCUCACCAUCAACCGAGAGACCUUCCACGCGCACAAGGUAGUCCUGGCUGCCUGCAGUGACUACUUCAGGGCCAUGUUCACGGGCGGCAUGAGGGAGGCAAGCCAGGAUGUUAUCGAGCUGAAGGGCGUGUCAGCCCGCGGCCUGCAACACAUCAUCGACUUCGCCUAUAGUGCUGAGGUGACGCUGGACCUGGACUGUGUGCAGGACGUGCUGGGCGCAGCUGUGUUCCUGCAGAUGCUGCCUGUGGUGGAGCUGUGUGAGGAGUUCCUCAAGGCCGCCAUGAGCGUGGAGACCUGCCUCAACAUCGGCCACAUGGCCACCACCUUCAGCCUGGCCUCGCUCAAGGAAUCGGUGGAUGCCUUCACCUUCCGGCACUUCCUGCAGAUUGCUGAGGAGGAGGACUUCCUGCACCUGCCGCUGGAGCGCCUGGUCUUCUUCCUGCAGAGCAACCGGCUGCAGAGCUGUGCCGAGAUCGACCUGUUCCGCGCAGCUGUCCGCUGGCUGCAGCACGACCCUGCCAGGCGGCUGCGCGCCAGCCACGUGCUCUGCCACAUCCGCUUCCCACUCAUGCGGUCAUCAGACCUGGUGGAUAGCGUGCAGACGCUGGAUAUCAUGGUGGAGGACGUGCUGUGCCGCCAGUACCUCCUGGAGGCCUUCAACUACCAGGUGCUACCCUUCCGGCAGCAUGAGAUGCAGUCUCCGCGCACAGCUGUGCGCUCGGACGUGCCCUCACUGGUCGCCUUCGGCGGCACGCCCUACACCGACAGCGACCGCUCCGUCAGUAGCAAGGUGUACCAGCUGCCAGAGCCGGGCGCCCGCCACUUUCGUGAGCUUACAGAGAUGGAGGUCGGCUGCAGCCACACGUGCGUGGCUGUGCUGGACAACUUUGUGUACGUGGCGGGGGGCCAGCACCUGCAGUACCGCAGUGGCGAGGGUGCUGUGGACGCCUGCUACCGCUAUGACCCCCACCUGAACCGCUGGCUGCGCCUGCAGGCCAUGCAGGAGAGCCGGAUCCAGUUCCAGCUGAACGUGCUGUGCGGCAUGGUGUAUGCCACGGGUGGCCGCAACCGGGCUGGCAGCCUGGCCUCGGUGGAGAGGUAUUGCCCGCGGCGCAACGAGUGGGGCUAUGCCUGCUCGCUGAAGCGCCGCACGUGGGGCCACGCAGGCGCCUCGGCUGGGGGCCGCCUCUACAUCUCGGGAGGCUAUGGUAUCUCAGUGGAGGACAAGAAGGCCUUGCACUGCUAUGACCCUGAGGCUGACCAGUGGGAGUUCAAGGCACCCAUGAGUGAGCCCCGAGUACUCCAUGCCAUGGUGGGUGCUGGCGGCCGCAUCUAUGCCCUGGGUGGCCGCAUGGACCAUGUUGACCGUUGCUUCGACGUGCUGGCGGUGGAGUACUACGUGCCCGAGGCAGACCAGUGGACCAGCGUGAGCCCCAUGCGGGCAGGCCAGUCAGAGGCCGGCUGCUGCCUGCUGGACAGGAAGAUCUACAUCGUUGGGGGCUACAACUGGCGACUCAACAACGUGACAGGCAUUGUGCAGGUGUAUAACACCGAGACAGACGAGUGGGAGCGCGACCUGCACUUCCCAGAGUCCUUUGCAGGCAUCGCCUGUGCCCCUGUCCUGCUGCCCCGGGCUGGAACCAGGAGGUAGUUCCUGGGACCCCAGGUCCCUGGCCUGGCCGCAUGCCAGGGUUUCUGUGAGGGGCUUGGUUCAUGUCUGGGCGGAGAACUGAACCAACCCCGCUACCCCCACCCUGGGACUGGCCUCGUGGGGCCUGCCGUGUUGAUAAGGCCCCCUUCCCGUCCCUCCUUCCUUCCUGAAGCAGAUCCUGGCUCCACGCCCUCUGGGGGAGCCUGCCAGCAACAAGGCUGAUGUGUUAUGGCAGCUGACUCGCACCCAAGGUAGUUUCCUCGCCUGCCCAGCAUUGCAUUCUCACUACCCGGUGGGGAAUCGGGGUCUCCUUUGGGGUGUCAUUGUGUGGCUUUGUCCUGCUUCUCUCCCCCUACCACCCUGCCUGGAGGUCUGUGACAUUCAGAUGCAAACUCAUUAAUGGUUGACUCCCCCAGUUUCUCCCACCCCCAUGAGUUGCAUGUGUCGUUUUAAAAACAAAUGCACCCCAAACCUCUGUCACACAUGGACCUCCAGGAGCAGGAGAGGCGGCUGGGAAGUACCUGGCUUGGGGGCAACCAGAGGGCACAUUUCCUCCUCCCCAGAAGCCCGAGCUGCUGGGCGAGAAGGGCCAGCACCUUCAGGGUGUUUGCUGGCUUUUAGGAGGAAAAAACACAGCCGGCUCCCAGAGAUGGCCCUUAUGGGCAACAGGCCUUCCACUGGGCUCUGGGUCACUCCUGGGGCCUUAACAAGAAUGGGGCCGGGACUCUGGCCCCAUCCCUGCCCCGUGGAUGUAGGGGGAUGCCUGCUUUAGAGUCUCACAGUGCGUCUGCAUUCCACAGGCCUGCCCCGUGAUUUUUAUUCUCUCCCUCUUUCCAGCCCUCUGCUCCCCCCUCACCCUGUGUUCAGUCAGGUUGAAAUGCUGCCAGGUCUGUGCCCACCCGGCGUGGGCCGUCAGGCGGGCCAUGAGGCCUCUCCCUUCAAGGGCUUUGCAGCAUCUCCCGCCACAUUUGUUUUGGUGUCUAAACCUCAAAAUUUUUUUUCCUUGUUCCUUUUUUCUUUUUUUUUUUAAGAGGCCAGCACUGCUGUCUUAUAAAUGCAAUUUUUACCCUUGGGGCAACUUAAAGUGUCUCCUCUGCUGCUAAUGGACGAUUGAUGUCGUGUCUCUGUGACCCACUUGCCAUGUAAAGAAUUAACCUCAUACCUUAGCAGACGUCGUCUCCUAAUAUUUUCCUUUUAUUUAAUAAAAAUGUUAUGGU